GUGACUCCAUUCACUCUGUUCUCCUUCAGUCUUUGCUGCAGCUGGAAGACAAACAUGGCAGCAACCAUCAAACAUCCCAGACGUGUAUGCAGGUUCAUGCAGUUUGGCACGAUUUUAAACACAACAAAAUAUGCUCAAAGUCCAGAUCUGAUGGUAGAUUUCCUGCCUCUUCACCUUUCAUAGAUCUGCCAGCUGAUUGAUUGGUGACGUUACAAUCCUGCAAAGUACAAAACCUGACACAUCUGACUCAUGCAAAUAGAUGUGUGACGGUUGAAUGAAACAGUUUGGGUGUGGCCUCCUGUGUGAUGCCUUAAGUUGCUUUGAAGGAAGUAAAAUCUCCGCAGACGUUUGCAGUUGCUGAGAGGUGAAAUGGCACAGAGAGGACAUCAGAUGGAUUCAGAAAAACUUUCUUGUUCCAUCUGUCUGGAUCUACUGAAGGAUCCAGUCACUACUUCCUGUGGACACAGCUACUGCAUGGACUGUAUUAAAACACACUGGGAUGGAGAGGAUAUGAAAAGCAUCUACAGCUGCCCUCAGUGCAGGGAGAUUUUCACACCAAGGCCUGUUCUGGAGAAAAACUUCAUGUUAGCAGAGUUGGUGGAGGAGCUGAAGAAGACUGGACUCCAAGCUGCUGCUGCUGAUCACUGCUAUGCUGGACCUGAAGAUGUGGCCUGUGAUGUCUGCACUGGGAGGAAGAGGAAAUCUGUCAAGUCCUGUUUGCGCUGCAUGAUCUCCUACUGUGAGCAACACCUCCAACCUCACUAUGAUGCACCUCCACUAAAGAAACACCAGCUGGUGGAGCCCUCCAAGAACCUCCAGGAGAACAUCUGCUCUCGUCAUGAUGAGGUGAUGAAGAUUUUCUGUCGCACCGACCAACGGUUGAUCUGUUAUCUCUGCACAAUGGAUGAACAUAAAGGACAUGAAACAGUCCCAGCAGCAGCAGAAAGGAUGAAGAAGCAGAAGGAGCUGGAGGUGAGUCGACUGAACAUCCAGCAGAGAAUCCAGGACAAAGAGAAAGAUGAGAAGCUGCUUCAACAGGAAGUGAAAGCCAUCAAUGUUGAUGCCGAAAAAACAGUGGAGGACAGUGAGAAGAUGUUCGCCCAGAUGAUCCAUCUCAUCCAGAAAAGAGGCCAAGAUGUGGAGCAGCAGAUCAGAUCCCAGCAGGAGACUGAAGUGAGUCGAGUCAAAGAGCUUCAGGAGAAGCUGAAGCAGGAGAUCAGAGAUCUGAAGAGGAAAGACGCUGAGCUGAAGCAGCUCUCAGAUACACCAGAUCACACCCAGUUUCUCCACAACUACCCCUCAGUGUCAGCACUCAGUGAGUCCAAACCCUCAUCCAGCAUCAACAUCCAUCCUCUGAAACACUUUGAGGAGGUGACAGCAGCUGUGAAAGAGCUCAGAGAUAAACUACAGGACAUUCUGAGGGACACAUGGACAAACAUGUCAAUGACAGGGACUCAACCAGAUGUUCCUCCAUCAGAUUCACAACCAGAACCAAAGACCAGAGCUGGAUUCUUAAAAUAUUCACAACAAAUCACUCUGGAUCCAAACACAGCACACAGAUACCUGUUAUUAUCUGAGGGGAACAGAAAAGUAGCAUUAACGAAUCAGCCUCAGCCUUAUCCUGAUCAUCCAGACAGAUUCACUGAAUGUUGGCAGGUCCUGAGUAAAGAGAGUCUAACUGGACGUUGUUACUGGGAGGUGGAGUGGAGAGGAGUAAGAGGAGUUGAGGUCGCAGUCGCACACAAGAACAUCAGCAGAAAAGGGAGAUCAGAUGAAUGUCGAUUUGGAUUAAAUGACAAAUCUUGGGCUAUACGUUGUUACACAGACAGACAGACAUUUUUGCACAACAGAAUGGAAACUCCCCUCUCAGGUCGUCGAUCCUCCAGCAUCGGAAUCUAUCUGGAUCACAGAGCAGGUAUUCUGUCUUUCUACAGCGUCUCUAAAACCAUGACCCUCCUCCACAGAGUCCAGACCACAUUCAUUCAGCCGCUACAUGCUGGAUUUUGUCUUUGGUACCGUGACAACACUGUUGAGGUCAUUAAACUCAAAUAGAGUAAUUCCAGUGUCUGAGGGUCGAUCCAUGUUCAGGCCUGAUUUAGGUUCAUGAUAUAAAGUUUACUUCUGCAGUGUUCGUAAGGAUCUUUGAUAUUUUAUCAGAUGAUAAGUUGAUUACAUUUAUUACAGAAGAAAUGCUUCUUUAAUGAUUUGUUCGUGGUGAAAACCACAGAAGACGUGCUAAGUAACAAACAUGAGUUCGUCUAACAGAGUAAGGUGUCUUCCAAAAGAAAAUAAUACUGCAGUAAGAUUACAGUGGUUAAACUUGUAGCUACAUUUACAUGUUGUACAUCAACAACUCUUUUACCUUUUCAUUGUGGCUGAGAUUCACAUAGGUUCCAGUGAUUCUGCUCUUCAUAUAUAGCAUGUCUUAAAUUUUUGCUCAGUUUGGUUAAUAGUCUUAUUGUCUAGUUGUGGUCGAGGGUUUUCAUGAUGACUGUCAUUGAAUCAAAUAUAGACAGACAUUAGAGCUGUGGUGAUUAGUCAGUGAGAUGAUGAGAAACUGAUUAAUUUGUAACCAUCUUUGUUUGUGAAUCUGCUUCCAGCUUUUCAACCAUAGACAUUUUAUCACAUAUGACUAUAGCUUCUUUGGGUUUUGGAUUUUAAAUGUUCAAAUAUAAAAAGAGAAUUUGAAUUCUUUUAGAUUAGAAUGUGCAUUUUUAUGUUUUAUUUAGACUAUGAUUUUAAAUAUUUUCUGAGAUAUAAAAUCACAGUGAUUGUUGGAACCAUGAAUUUUGAGAAUGCUUCAGAAGUGUUAAAGUUCUAUUUGGAUUAAAGAGUGUGAAUGUUUUGUUGUA